AAUUCUGACACGAGUCAAUGUAAAUAAAAAUAUUUUUUGUGUUGAUCUACAACUUUUGUAUCGGAAUAGAAAUGUUUCCACAGCCGCCGCAGCCUCCACGGCAGAAAAUACCUAAAGAUGGCCCCGGGCCUAGGGGGGUGCCGGAUUGUUACUAUACAUCUCGAGUCCUAAACUCGACGUUCCGCUACGUGAAGUUCGUGAAGAAACUGCGCGCGCUUGAGGAAGAACAGAGGAAGGGCGCGGAGAACAAACUCAAGGAGCUGAAAGACAAACAGUGCAGCGACUUCUUCAUCAGAUGCGAUCGAAGAUCUCUUAUAAACAACGUAGCUCGCCGUGUGGAUCUCUGCAUGCAGUCGUACCAAGAAGACCUGAAAGAGAAAAGAAAGAGAUUAGUAGACCUAUUCGCGGUGGAAGAGGAAGCGAACAUUCGCAAGUUCGUCGAACAGGCCCAAGCGGGCGCCGAGGCUCUGUGGCAGGACAAGAAGGAUCGCCUGGCGUACCUCAUUGCCAAGCGGAAGAAGGAGCACGAGGAGAGAUACAAGGACACGCCGCUCUCCAGAUGCGUCCACGUGCUACCAUGCAUCUACAAGCUGCGAGCUAAAGAGGCUGAAGAGAUCCAGCUGUACCAAAUCAAGGAGAAGGAAGCCAUGAAGCUGGCUGAAAAGGAGUUCGACAGGAUGUGGCACGAGGUCGCUAUGAAGGAGUCUGAUGCCUUGGCGGCCCGUAUGGAGCAAGACGCCAUAGAGCGUCUGCGCAAAGACAACGAGUGCAAGAUGUACACAGACAAGCAACUCGAGCAGAGAAGGAUCCAGCGCGAGAGAGAAAGGGAAAUGCUGAAGCAGGAAGCACUGAGGUUCCGCGCCAUGUGGGACGCUGAGAUCAAGAAGGAAGAAGACGUUCAUGUCAUUCACAACAAAGGAUAA